CUCUCGCCCUCGUGUCUCCUGGCCGAUCAAAGUUCUAAACUCCCUAUCUUGUCCUCUCUACCAUCCUGUCUCGCCCCGGGAAAUUUCAAACACCCCGACUGACUCCUUUCAUCCAGUCGUGGGAAACAGGUGCCGCUAGCUUCGAGGGGCCUCAGGAGGUCUCGGCGCGCCUAACUCACUUCCUCUUUCUUUCGCGUCCCUGAUUCCUGGAAAGAUGGCCUCGUACGGCAAUGGCACGAUGUACACACCGGAUCAGUUCAUGAAUCCGGGGCCGGCCCCCCGCCCCCCGACUGAUCGUCCCAAAUUGACUCUCCCCACCAACAACAAUGUCGCGACUUCGUUCAGUCAGAUGUCGCUGAACUCGCCCAGUACUCCCGGCCCUGGCGGCAAUCUCUCGCUGUUCCCCAAUACCAGCACCCCCAGCUUGGCCCGCUCCCAGACCGCCGGUAGCAAUGGCCUUCAGAUCAUCAAAGAAGGUUACGUGCGUUGCAAGGAAGACAAGUUUCUGGCCACCUGGAAUCAGCGCUACCUGGUCCUGCGCGACUUCAAGAUUGACUUCUUGAAGAGUGAAUCCGGCAAAGUGGUGCUCUCCUUCCCCCUCUCGACCGUCACCGCCGUCGCACGUUCGGAGGAAUCAAAAAUGGCCUUUGAAGUUACUCGUCUGGCUAACCCCAAGGACGCUGCUUCUAAAGCCGCCAUGAUUACUCGUGAUGUUCCUACCAAAACCAUCACUUGUGAGGUUAAAUCCGAUGAUGAGAUCUAUGAAUGGAUUGAUAAGAUUUAUGAGCGCUGCCCUGGCAUGGGCGGUGUGAGCAACCCGACCAAUUUCAGCCACCGAGUUCACGUCGGCUUCGAUCCGCAGACGGGCGCCUUUGUGGGCUUGCCCCCAGAAUGGGAGAAGCUCCUGACCGCUUCGGCCAUCACCAAGGAGGAUUACAAGAAGAACCCCCAGGCUGUCAUCGAGGUUCUAGAGUUCUACUCCGAUAUCAAGAUGCGGGAACAAAACCCGCAAUACUAUGCCGGUAUGUCUGGCCCCGGAGGAGCGCAACCCAAGCCCCUGGGUAGCAAUACGGUGGGCAACUCGAUUGCUCCGCCUCGGCCUCCUCCACCGGGCCCUCUGCAGCGCCUCGAUAGCGGCCAGUCCAAGGGUUCCAUGGACAGCUCGAUGCGCUCAGCGACAUCUUCUCCCGCCCAGCACGGUCUGGAUGACCGUGCGGCUGAACAGCAGCGGCAACUGGAACAGAUGAAGCAGAUGGCAGAGCAAGAGCGUCGUCGUGUGGAGGAGGAACAGCGUCGCAAGGAAGAUGCAGCAUAUAAUGCAUCCAUCCCCCAGACCCGCGUUCCAAUGGCCAAGCAGGAAAUUGGUGGUUAUGGCGUCUCGGAUCCUUCGAUGAACAGCCGCUACCAGCCGAGUCGUCCGGCUCCCCAGGCGCCCGGCUCGGGAUCCCGCGCCCCUGGAGGCCAGCCGCUUACUGCCCAGCGGCCCGCGCCCGCUCCUCCUUCCCAGAGUCCUUAUGGACAAGGCCCUCCCCGAACUCCUGCUGGUGGCAGCUCGCGAAACGACGAUUCCCAAGGAUCGCCUUCUCGCUAUGCUCCCAAUGACCCUCGCGCCCAGGCAUCGUCCAGUCGCCAGCCCCAGAGCAAUGGCAGCAAGGGCCAGCAAGGGCCUCCCCCGUCCCGUCUGCCUGCUCCGGUUCAAGCUGUCAAGCCACUGAACGUUGCCAACAAGCAGGCCGGCGCCAAGCAGGCUGUUCCCGAUGGUGUUCGCCAGGCCGAGGCCGCGCUGACCAAGAAGCCCGAACCAAGCAGCAAGAAGGAGGUGCGCAUGUCAGCUAUGUCUGAGAAUGAGGUUAUGGAUCGUCUGCGGUCUGUGGUGUCCAAGGAUAACCCCAAUGAAUCGUACAGCAAGCAGCGUAAGAUUGGACAGGGUGCGUCCGGAUCCGUAUAUGUGGCUCGGGUCAAGGAGCAUGCGACCUCUGCCGUUGCCCACGAGCUGUACCGACAGUACGGCCCUCGGUGCCAGGUGGCCAUCAAGCAGAUGGAUCUGCGGAGCCAGCCUCGUAAGGAGUUGAUUGUGAACGAAAUUAUUGUUAUGAAGGACAGCCAGCACGCCAAUAUUGUCAACUUUUUGGAUUCAUUCUUGCAAGAGUCAAGCAACGAGCUCUGGGUGGUUAUGGAGUUCAUGGAGGGUGGUGCGUUGACAGAUGUCAUCGACAACAACCAGGUGAUUACGGAGAACCAGAUUGCGACAAUUUGUCAUGAGACUUGCAAGGGAUUGGCCCAUCUACACAGCCAGAACAUUAUCCACCGUGACAUCAAGAGUGACAACGUCCUGCUUGACCGAGUCGGACAUGUCAAGAUCACUGACUUUGGCUUCUGUGCUAAGCUGACUGAGUCGAAGAGCAAGCGUGCCACCAUGGUCGGUACGCCCUACUGGAUGGCGCCCGAGGUGGUUAAGCAGAAGGAGUAUGGACCCAAGGUGGACUGCUGGUCUUUGGGUAUCAUGGCUAUUGAGAUGAUCGAGUCCGAGCCCCCAUACCUCAAUGAGGAGCCCCUCAAGGCCCUGUACCUGAUUGCCACCAACGGUACACCCCGUCUGAAGAAGCCCGAGAAGCUGAGCAAGGAGCUCAAAGCCUUCCUGAGCGUUUGUCUUUGCGUAGACGUCCGCAGCCGUGCUACUGCUGAUGAGCUGUUGGCUCACGAGUUCCUUCAGACUGGUUGCAGCCUCGCCAGUUUGGCUGAGCUGCUGCGUUGGAAGAAGGCUAACGGUCAAUAAAUGAGAUGACCAACCAUACUCUGCCUUUUUUCCGUUUCCUUUGAGAGCAUGAGGAUCUCCAUCACCUCUCUUUCCUCCUCUCUCUUCCUCUUCUCAUGACCACCUAUCUCCGUCCAUAUCAGAACACGCCUUCUCACACCUCUUCCACCCCGUCUACGAAGUUGAUUGACCACCUGAAAGAAUUUUGUUCUGCGCACAUAUGGGUUCGAUUUAACGCCUCUCCGGUUUAGACAACGUUCCUUAUUGUGCCUUCUCACGAAUCCCGCAUCGGCCACUCUGCAUCACCUCACAUUCCCAUACCCGUCACUCUUGCCAUUCAUAUCCCCCAAGCCCAAAUCAACGACCCUCGACUAAGAUUUAAGCUUACGCUGCGCUGUGUUUGUAUCAUGCCUGCCUACUCCUUCCCUGCUCCCCCUUCCCCCAUUGAUUCCGCACCAUACACAACCACGGCGUGGGUAAUUGGCGUUUCAUCAUUGAAUUGUGCUUUUGCUUCUGCUUCUGCUUGCAGCUCAUGUUUCUGUUCCUGCUUUCGUGAAAUGCUGCUCUUGAUUCAACGUUUUAUACUCGUACUCGUUUUUUUAGUACUUCAGUACUGUUCUUCUGUCUAUUUUCGCGUCUAUGAUAAUCCCCGUCCUCGAUUUGAGUUGACUUGCACAAAAGAGUACUUUUUUCUUUCAUCCACGUCCAUUGUCCAUUGUCCAGACCAUUCACGUUCUCAUCAAAAUGUCUACUUGACUUUUUUCUAUGCCUAUGUCAAUGAAUCCCUGACCUGGCCUGAGUUGAAAAUGGAUUGGCGAUGUUCGACCUGUGAGCUCAUUAUUUCUGCGUUACCGCUACUUGGCCGGUUCAAUUGGUUCUAGGUCUAGUUUCGUCUCUAGUUUUUUAAGGGUCAUUUUUGGGGGUAGUCGCAAGCUCUGCUCUUCUGGUCCGCUCUCACUUAGGAUGUCCACGAUGAUGACAACGACACUGAUGAUGCUGAUGACAAUGACCAUGAUCAUGACACUAGCAUAUUUGUUGGCCUUGCACUAUAUUGGUUUGGGUCGUUAUAUAAGGGUUGGUGGAUAUGGUUGUGAUGUAUUGAUCUGAUUUAGCAGACUUUUGAUGCAUAAUGUUAAGGAUAGAUGUAAAAUUUGUGUUGGGAUUCAUUCCAUGAAUGCCUUAAUUCUAC